AUGACAGACAUAGAUAGUAGUAGAUGUAGUAUUCACAAAGAUGAAUUGUAUAAACUGAUUUGUAUUGAAUGUAAUGUGUUGCUGUGUUCGGUUUGUUCAGUAGAUCAUAAUGGUCAUAUUUACAAUCAUAUUCACAAUCUAAAGAAUAGUGAUGAUAAUUCCAAUGUAUUUAAAUCGAGAAUCGAUACUUUAUGGUCAUCGGUAAAGACAUCGAACGACUCUAUCAAAGUAUUGAAAAACAAUCGUACAAAGAUAACCGACCACUUUCGAGAGUUACACAACAUUCUAAUGAAACAAGAAUACACACUACUCAAACCAAUCGAUGAUAACAUCAAUUCAGUACAAAAACACAUUAAAGAUAUGCUUAAAGAAUUGAAAUCAAUAGUUAAUAUAUUAAAUCAAAUAACUGAUAAUAAAAAUAAUAAUAGUAAUAAAAGCAGCAGUAGUAGUAGUAAUGAUGAUAACAACACAAAUAUUAGUACAGAUUCAUAUAGAAUUGAUAAUAUCAUUGAAACAAUCAAUGAAUGUGAAUCAUUCGAUAAGUUUGUUGAUAUCAAUAGAGUAUCAUUUUUCAGUUAUAAUAAGAAUGAAAACAACUAUCCACAACUACAAGUAAACAAUAGCUAUACCAAUCUACAAUUAAUACAAUCAUUCAAUUCGAAAUACCAAUUAUCAAAUAGUAAAGGUAUUCAUCAUAGUCCAGUUAUUCCAAGUUAUAAAAUCAGUAUUAGUCAACUUAAAAUGCAGAAUAUAAAGAGUGAUGCCGAACAAUCAAUUUAUGUAACUGCUUCUGAGAGUACAUCUACCAGUAAUACUUCAACCACAUCCAACAACAACAACAAUAAUAACAACAAUAACAAUAACAGUAGUAGUGAUAGUAGCAGUAGUGGUAGUAAUAGUAAUGUUAGUAGUAAUAAUAAUAGUGCAAGAUAUAUUAUAUCGGCAGAUCGUAAUAAUAUUAGUUUGUUAAGCAUUGGUGACAAUGCAGAGUCGAUAGUUUUAGAUAGUCAAUAUACUCCACCAUUGUCAUCGACUAUAGCUGGACGUUGGACACUAAAUGCAAUUGCUGCGACUGUCAGUGGUAAGUACGUCUACAUCUUUGGCGUGUCAAGGAGUGGUACCAAGUAUUUGCGAUUCAGUUUGGAAUCGCGAGUUUUCGAUCUUGCCGAGGACAUCAGUGGCAUCACCACUGGCGAAUGGCUAUCGGUAUGCAACGAUCCUUCUAAUAAUGGUCACAUCUACAUCAUCAAUAACUUUGAUAAAGAAAAAGCAGAGAUCUCAAGAUACAACAUUAAAUCGAUGAAGUUCGAGAAAAUUGGAAAGCAUCGUCUCAGUAGUGAGAUUACUAACGAUGUCAUCAAAUCGUUUAUCUAUCACGAUUGUCUCUAUAUGGUGACAUCGGUAAGCAACCGGAUCUUCAAAAUCAACAACUUACCGACACACCAUAAGAAUCACAGUGUUAGUAAUCUCGACAUUCAACUGCCAUUGGAGAAGUAUGUCGCCGUUACACAUGACAACCAAGGUAACAUCUACAUCCUUACUUUUAAACGAAAGUUCCUCAGAGUAAACGUUGAUAGCAAGCAGAUUGCUCAUCUGACACCACUUAGCAUCAGUGAAUACUGUUCAAUGGUAUACUCUAAAGAUGGACCGUAUAUCUACUUGUUUGGUGGCGCUGACUAUGGUAACUUUGUUUACACGAUCCAGAAGGAUCUAUGGACACCAAUCUUUAAAGAUGAUCAAUCAAAGAGAAUCAAUUGUGGUUCAGUUUUAAUAUAA